AUGACUGAAUCCCUUUUUUCGGACUUUGGCUUGCUGUGGUACCUGGAGGAGCUCAGAAAGGAAGAGUUCUGGAAAUUUAAGGCGCUCCUCAAACAAGAGCCUCUGCAACUUGACCUCAAGCCAAUCCCGUGGACUGAGUUAAAGAAGGCUUCAAGAGAAGAUCUAGCGAAGUUGUUGGACAAGCAUUACCAAGGAAAGUGGGCAUGGGAGGUGACCCUGAACCUAUUUCUACAGAUUGAUCGGCGUGACCUCUGGACAAAGGCUCAGGAGGAGAUCAGAAAUAAACCCAACCCAUACAGAAAUCACAUGAAGGAAAAAUUCCACCUCCUAUGGGAAAAGGAAACCUGCCUUCUGGUUCCCAAUGAUUUCUACAAAGAAAUCACAAAGUGUGAGUAUGAAAAGCUGCAUGCUGCAUACAGCACCAGCCAGGCAGGAGAGCCUUCACCCACUGUGGUCUUGCAAGCAGAGGGAAUCAGGAAAACAACACUUUUGAGAAAAGUGAUGCUGGAACAGGCAGAGGGGAACCUAUGGAAGGACAGAUUCACAUUUAUCUUCUUCCUCAAUGGCUGUGAAAUGAACGCUAUGACCAAGACCAGCUUCGUGGAGCUCAUCUCCAGGGACUGGCUUCAGUCUUCAGAGCCAGACGAGGACAUCUUCUCUCAGCUGGAGAGGAUCCUGUUCAUCAUGGAUAGCUUUGAGGAACUGAAAUUUGACUUGGAGCAAACGACUCAGUUGUGCGAUGACCAGAGACAGCGACAGCCAAUGCAGAUUAUCCUGAGCAGUUUGCUGCAGAAAAAAAUGCUUCCAGAGUCUUCUCUGCUUACUGCAUUGGGAAUAGUGGGCAUGAGAAAAAAUUUCUUGUUGCAGUGUCCAAAAUACAUAACCCUCUCAGGAUUCUCUGAACAUGAAAAGAAGCUGUAUUUCUACCAUUUCUGCCGCGAGAGGAGUAAAGCCCUGAAAGCCUUCAGUUUUGUGAGGGGCAAUAUGCCGCUGUUUCUCUUCUGUCAUGAUCCCCUGGUAUGCUGGUGGGUCUGUACUUGUAUGAAAUGGCCGCUGGAGAGAGGAGAAGACCUUGACAUUGUGUCUGAAAGCACCGCUUCUUUGUAUGCAUCCUUUUUUAUUAGUGUAUUCAAAUCAAGAAAUGAGAACUGUCCACCGAAGCAGAGCAGAGCCUGACUGCAAGGCCUGUGUUCCUUGGCUGCAGAGGGAAUAUGGACUCGCAUGUUUGUGUUUUGCCGGGACCUCAGGAGGAAUGGGGUAUCUGAGUCCGAUGCCUUGAUGUGGAUGGGCAUGAGACUUUCAAGGGAUGGCGAAUGCUUUCCCUUCAUACAUGUGUGCCUCCAACAGUUUUGUGCCUCCAUGUUCUAUCUGCUCAAAGAACCCAAGGACAAUCCUAACCCGGCCAUUGGAAGUGUGACCCAGCUUGUGACAGCAAGCACGAGUCGGGUCCAAGGCCACAUGUCCCAGAUGAUAACAUUCUUGUUUGCAUUUUCAACUGAAAAAAUAACCAACAUGCUGGAGACAUCCUUUGGUUUUCUCCUGGCCAAAGAGAUAAAGCAGGAAAUAACCCGAUGCCUUAAAAGUUUAAGUCAGCAUAACUCUGGUCAGGAGGUGGUGAAUUUCCAGGAAUUGUUCAGCAGUUUGUUUGAGACCCAUGAAAAAGAGUUUGUAGCACAAGUGAUGGAUUUCUUUGAGGAAGUUAGUGUUUAUAUUGGUAACACAGAAGACUUGGUGAUAUCUGCAUUCUGCCUAAAACUUUGCCAAAAUUUGCAGAAACUUCACCUGUGUAUAGAAAAUGUCUUCUCAGAUGACUCUGGAUCCAGCACAAAUCUCAGUAAGAAGCUCUCCUUUUGGCGAGACCUUUGCUCUGUGUUCACCACCAACAAGAACUUCCAGAUGUUAGAUUUGGACAACUGUAAUUUCAGUGAAGCCUCCCUGGCGAUUCUCUGUAAGGCUCUGGCUCAGCCUGUUUGUAAACUCCAAAAGUUCAUGUAA